CCUCUCUUCCUCCCUCUGUACUUCUAUAUUAUGUACUGCCCCGAUUGGGAGGAAUACAAUCUGUGUUUGAGCUCAACUCUAUAUUCCAACAUGGUAUCAGUUUGAUCAAAUCUACGCUUCUGCCAUGGCCACCGAGGUCGACGCCGCCGCCGCGGUCUCCUCUCCGGCUACCUCCUCCCCUCUCUCUCCUCCCGCUACCUCUCCCCUGCCAAACCCAUCUCUGAGUGUCACUACCGCGCCUCUCCCUCUCCAGACGGCGCCACCACCCGCCUUCUACACGACGCCCGCGUACAUGCAUGCCAUGCGUGUCGAGAACGCUCACAUCAAUCUCCCCGUCCACCUCGCCAUGAACGGCGCCAAUUACACUGUCUGGCGGGGGAUGAUGCUGGACGUCAUCGAUCAGUACGAUGUCGCCUCUUGGAUCGCGCCCAACUUCGCCGACCACGCCGGUGACGCGUGCUGGAGCAUCGUCAACAAGGCGGUGAAGAGGUGGUUCCUCAGCGCGAUGGUGAUGGAGCUCGCCGCCUUCAUGCUCGACCGGGAGACCACCGCCAAGAUUAUCGAGAAGUCCCCAACUCCCGUUCCUUUUGACGUCGCCGUCGGCAUGCUUUUGCAUGAUGAGAUCGGCAACAACUUCGCCGGCUCCACCCAUCACAGCGCCCUCGCUGUCCAGCAGCGGGGCUCGUCGCCCGCGCCCUCGGGUGUGGCCCCCGGCGGUCAGGCUCGGCCGCCCGCCCCCGGUCUUGGCGGCGGCAAACCGUCUUCUCCAUCACCCAACCAAGGGCACAACAAACGCCGUCGCUACACCAACAACGGCGGAUAUCAAGGCGCCGCCACUUCACCCCCGCCAUGGACGGGGUAGGUCUAUGCCUACCCCAUGGCCCUGCCUCCUCCACCCCGCUCGGCGACCGGCAUCCUCGGCGCACGACCGCCACAGGCCCAUGCCGCCUUCGGCGGCCCCCCGCAGCAGCAGCCAUACUCGUUCUACCCGGGGCUUCCGAUGCAGCUGCACCAGCCGCCGCCCUUCAUGCAUCAGCCGGCAGCCUUCCACCAGCAGUCGUUCUUGCCGGCGCCUCCCCAGCAGCAACAGUACCACCCUCCAGCGGCGUCCAGCUCCGAUGCUCAUGGCAUUGAUCACGCGGCGCUGAUGGGAGCCCUGCACAACCUCUCGCUGCAGUCGCCUAGUGGCGGCUGGGUUGCGGACUCCGGUGCCUCCACUCACCUCGUGAUCGAUCCGGACUUUGCAACCAAGGUGGGACUUCUUCGGUGCAACAGUGAAGGCGAGUUGUACGACGUCCUCCCUCCAGCCGCACCCGCUGCUCUCGCCGUCACCGUCUCACACCUCACCGACCUCUGGCACCGGCGUUUGGGUCAUCCCGGCGAUGCUACUUUCCGUUCCAAUAAAUCUUUAGAACAUUGUAAUAAACCUGUAGUGGCUGGGCGCUUAUGCCAUGCUUGUCAAACCGGAAAACAUGUUCGUCUACCAUUUACCUCCUCGACUAGUCACACUACUGCUGCUUUUGAUCUCUUACAUUGUGAUCUUUGGACAGCACCUUUGUCUAGUGUUUCCGGAGCCAAGUACUAUCUCUUGAUAAUUGAUGAUUUUACAUGUUA